CUUUUGAAUGUGAAGCACGGUGUGACUGCGAGGCGCGGUGUAUGUAAACAAUACUGCUGAAUGGCUAAGAUGGAUAAGAAAAACAAUGAACAUUUUGAAAUGGAAAUUUCAGAAGUCGAACCAAAUGAGGGGGAAGACGAACUUGUGACGAAAAGAGGAGCCGUGUCUGUGGUUUGGAGGUAUUUUGGUUUCAAAAAAUACGACUACGACCAAAAAAACAUUUUAUGCAAGAUUUGCUUUAUUAAAGUUGCUGCCACUGGGGGGAACACGAGCAAUUUGCUCCACCAUCUUUGCCGUAGACACGUUUCGGAAUAUGAAGAAUGUAUGAAGUUAAAAACGGCGCCCUUUACAUCGGCUGGCAAUCAAAGAACAAUUCAAGAGACGACUACCAGAGGGGCUCCAUACGAUAGGAAAAGCAAACGCUGGACCGACAUAACUAACGCAAUCACCAUCCACCUCGCAAAAGACCUGGUUGCUCUGAAUACAGUCGAAAAAGAAGGCUUCAAGCACAUGAUCAAGACAUUGGAUCCCCGCUAUGAAGUACCGAACAGAAAGUACUUUAGCCAAGUUGCAAUCCCGAACUUGUACGAGAAGCGCCGAACGAAGCUGGAAACAGACAUGGCGGCCGUGCGCCACUACGCCUUGACCACUGAUAUGUGGUUUAGUCGCACCAUGGAGCCCUAUUUCGGCGUGACAGUUCACUUUAUCAGUGACGACUGGUCGUUGCAAAGUCACUGUCUGCAGACCAGCUACUUUCCUGAGGACCACACUGGAGAACUACUUGCAGCAGGCCUGCAGGAGGCGCUUGAGUCCUGGGGGCUUUCUGAGGAGAAACUCGUAGCCAUCACUACCGACGAUGGCGAGAAGGUCACGAAAGCUGUGGAACUGAACAGGUGGACUCGACUCCAGUGCUUUGGUCACAGACUUCACCAUGCCAUAGAGAAAGGUGUGAGAGACGACCGCAUACAGCACGCCAUUGGCGUGUGCAAAAAGGUUGUGUCCACCUUCUCGUACUCAAGUAAAAAAAGGAGGGAUCUGGCCAUUGUUCAGAACUAUCUGGGUCUUCCAAACCACAUGCUCACGACAGAGACGCCGACCAGGUGGGGCUCGCGUCAAACCAUGAUCCAAAGAGUGCUUGAGCAAGAGCGGGCCAUUAAUCACGUUCUAAAAGACGACAAGAAAUGCAGACACUUAGUCCCGAGUUGGCAAGAUUUGGACGUUCUAGAGGCCGUCAACAAGGCGCUGAGCCCACUCCAGGACUUCACAGACGCUUUGUCAGGAGAGCAAUACAUCAGCGUAUCCUACCUCAAGCCGGUGCUCAAGCUCUUCAACACAUCCAUCCUGGCCGAGGACGGGAAGGACACCCAGCUGACAAAGGACGUGAAGAACAACAUCUUAGCCGAUUUGAACGAGAAAUAUUCGGACCCGGUCGCUGACGAUCUGCUCGACAUGGCGUCGCUUCUCGACCCGCGCUUUCGAACCAAGUACAUUGAUGAAGAAAAGGUGGAGAGGGUUCUGUCCAGAGCCGUCAAGGAGAUUGUGUCACUAAUGAAGACUGAGCGGGACAGGUUCCCCGGGGCUGCAGGUUCAGAAGCGGAACCCGAUCCACCCACCAAGGUAAAACGAAGGAAGACUUUGGCCAGCUUUUUCAAAAGGCAGGGCGGCGCAAUGACGGAAGAGGAAAGCAUCAGAAAUGAGCUGACAAUCUACUUGCAGAUUACAGAGGUGGACAGUGAUGUGGACCCUUUCGAGUGGUGGAGAUGCCACCAGACGAAUUUCCCUCGCGUUGCUCAGCUAGCGCGGCAGUAUUUAUGCAUCCCCGCCACCAGCGCGCCAUCAGAGAGAGCGUUUAGCACCGACGGCAACGUGGUCCCGUGUCACAGGGACGCGCUCAAACCGGAUGCUGUGGACCGUCUGGUUUUCCUGGCUCAAAAUUUGUAAAUAUCGAAAUGACGUUUUAACAGAUCUGAUAGGAAAUCAGGGUCGAUUGCGUUAUUAAAAGAUUUUAUUUUUAAUGUUUUUUAUUGGGAUAAAAUGACCAGUUGAAUGAGUGAAUAUAUAGACAUUAACAUAUUACAACAAAGAUGAUCACAUUUAACGCCCCACCCCAAAAAAAUAUUCUAAAUAGUCCAUAUUGCAAAACAGUCAAAUGUUCUGCCUGUAAUUCAUAUAUUAAUUGUUGUAAGCUAAAAAAAAAAAAAAGUAUAGUGAGACAAACGCUAUUUGUUAGUGGUGCAUUUGGAUGAUUGCGUUUUGUGUCGUUUGUUAUUAAGCAUGAAGCUAAUU